UGAGCAGCUGGGUGGUUUCCUGGAGGCGCACUUACGAUAUUCAAACAAUGAAGCAAGCCAAGAAUAAAGCUGAUCACAUAAUUACAGUUCUGCUCUCAAAUUCUGAGCUUACAAAGAAAGACUUGCCUACGACUUUUACUAUUUAUCAUAAAGAUCGCUAUCAUCUGUUUCAGGAAGGAAGACCGCGCAUUUUGGGGGUUAUUCACAUUGCUUUGGGAAUUCUGAGUUUAACUUUCACACUUUUUUGUGAUAUUUCACAUGAAUUGAUGUUCAUCUACAUUCCUUCUUGUGUUCUGAGCAUUUUAAGUGGAAUACUGGGAGUUUGUGCCUCUUUUUCUCGGAAGACCUGCAUUGUCAAGUGGUUCUUAGCUAUCAGUGUGAUUUCUUCAAUUUGUAUCUUCUCACCAUUUGCAUUUUCAGUAUUCUUUAUUGUUGGUUCUAAGACUGAUUAUGCCACAUAUGAACACAAGAUGCAGAUAGAGGUUAUCGGUGUAUUUGCUGUUUUCAACUUUCUGGAAUUCAUCAAUUGCAUCGUAUCGUGUUGUUUUGCAAGCAAGGGAGUCUGCAGGGACGACUUCAAUUUCAAGCCUGUGGUCUAUCUGGAAUAUCAAUCACAGUCAGCAAGUAGACGAAAUCAAGAGCACAUAGAAACAUCUCUUUAAAGGGGGUCCAGUAAAUAAGAAGACACCUUUGUGUCCAUUAUAAAUUGGAAAUUCCUGCUGAAGAGCGGCUUACAAAACAAUAUGAAGUCAUCCUUUACAGUGCACUGGCUUCUCCACGGAACGAGCCUGAUAGCCAAUCUUGGUCUGUGCUGGUGCUUAUUUGUCUGAUUUUUCUCUGCAUGUCUAUGUGAUAUUCAAACCCUUAAUAUUUGAAUGUAAAGUUAUAUUUAGAUUAAGAUGACUGGGGUCUGGUGGAAUUAGUCAGCUACCACGCCGAAUAUCAGAUAGCAUUACAAAGAUAGACACACAACAAAGUCCUCAACAUAAGCAGACCAAGCAUGCAAGAUCAGACUUCUGCUGAAGUUGAUUUUAGCAGUGAAGACAAAGCAACCCUAGCCAAUUAUGUAUUCAUGGUUGAUUUAUUUAUUUUCUUUUGCAAAUACUUUAGUCAUUGCAUUUUCCCUAAAAUUACAUUCAAAAGUAUAUAAUGAUGAUUUGGUCAUAAUUUUUUUUUUAUGUUUUGACCUGGGGGUGGGCUUUUCUUUGGCACCUGUUGAGUACUUGCUAUUCAAGUUCACAGUUCUCUCUCUAGGUUAGAUUCUGCCUAUUAUAUAGCGCCUUACCUAUCUAAUGAAGAGCUCUCCAAAGGCUCCUUCCAGUGGAUUUGUGCAGGCACAAGCUGCAGCGUGAGCCAAUUCAUCGAUAUUUUAAAUCUAACAAAUAAAAAUGAAAUAUUAUGAUCAAGAUGAAGUGCCAAUGAUUUCAGUAAAUAAUGUGACACAAUAUAUACAGUCCUAUGAAAAGUUUGGAAACCCCUCUU